GGCGUCCUGGCGUGGACGGCACUGCAGAGGUGCUGCUCCAGCCUCCCCCCCAGCCCUUGACGGACACCUGAGUACCUGGACACUGUCCCUUUCUCCUGUGCUCCCGUCCUUCCCACCUGAAUGAGCCUCCUCCCAAGAAUCUCCUCCCUUGUUCCUUAGAGGACCCCAUCACUGCCGUCGCCAUUGCCACCACCUCUUUAGGCCCCAGCAACUGACUUGCUUUCUACUUUCUGGAUCUUCCCCAGAUGUGAAGGUUCCUCCCCAGCGCUGCUGAGGCUGGAGCAGUAGCCAGUGUCCUGGGCCCUAGGUUUACCCCAGCACCAGCACCUGCCUGAAGAGACUCUGGCCCUCGCUCUUCCCGGGUGAGGCCCCAGGUGUUGGGACAGUCGAGGGCUCCCCUCUCCUCACCCCAGCCUCUGGGAAGCACCCCUAGGACCAUAAUGGCUGCAGAGACACUCAACUUCGGGCCUGAGUGGCUGAGGGCCCUUUCCCGUGGUGGCAGUGUAGCCUCCCCACCCCCAUCCCCCGCCAUGCCCAAGUACAAGUACAAGCUGGCCGACUACCGCUACGGACGUGAGGAGAUGCUGGCUCUCUAUGUGAAAGAGAACAAGGUCCCCGAGGAGCUGCAGGACAAGGAGUUUUCCGCCGUGUUACAGGAGGAGCCACUGCAGCCCCUGGCCCUGGAGCCUCUGACUGAGGAGGAGCAGAGAAACUUCUCCCUGUCAGUGAACAGCGUGGCCGUGCUGAGGCUGAUGGGGAAAGGGUCCGGGCCCCCCCUGGCCACCACCCCCCGCGGCAGGGGCAGUACACGGAGCCGAGGCCGUGGCCGUGGUGACAGUUGCUUUUACCAAAGAAGCAUUGAAGAAGGUGAAGGGGCUUUUGGACGGAACCCCAGGGAGAUCCAGCGAAGCCAGAGCUGGGAUGACAGAGGUGAGAGACGCUUUGAGAAGUCAGCACGGAGGGAUGGAGCUCGAUCUGGCUUUGAAGAGGGAGGGACUGGCUUGAGGAAGGAGCACGCUCGCUCGGAUAGCGAGAACUGGCGUUCACUUCGAGAAGAGCAAGAGGAGGAGGAAGAAGGCAGCUGGAGACUUGGGGCAGGACCCCGGAGAGAUGGAGAUCGCUGGCGCUCCUCCAGCCCUGAUGGUGGCCCUCGCUCUGCUGGCUGGCGGGAACAUGGGCGGCGCAAGUUUGAUUUUGAUUUGCGAGGGGAGAGAGGAGGGUGUGGUGAAGAGGACGGGCGGGGUGGGGGAGGCAGCUCUCACCUCCGGAGGUGCCGAGGGCCUGAUGGCUUUGAUGAUGACAAGGAUGGGCUCCCGGAGUGGUGCCUGGAUGAUGAGGACGAGGAGAUGGGCACCUUCGAUGCCUCUGGGGCCUUCCUGCCUCUCAAGGUAUCUGUGCAGUCCCAGGGAGAGCUGGACAGAGGUCGGUGGGAGCCCGUCUGGGUUCCCUGUUCCCCUCCCACCAUGAGCUGUCCACCUCUUCCCACACAGAAGGGCCCCAAGGAGUCCAUCCCUGAGGAGCAGGAGCUUGACUUCCAGGGCUUGGAGGAGGAGGAGGAAGAGCCUUCGGAAGGGCUGGAUGGAGAGGUACCUGAGGCAGGUGGGAAGGAGUUGACCCCUUUGCCUCCUCCAGAGGAGAAGUCUAGCUCCUCAUCUCCACUGCCCACCCUUGGCCCCCUCUGGGCAGCAAAUGGAGCCGGGGACGAAACUGUAGAUAAAGAGCUCCCUGCCAGUGAAGGAAAUGAUGUUCCUCUGAGUCCUGGGGUGGGCUCACCCCCUGGGCCACCAGGAGACCUGGAGGAUGAGGAAGGCUUGAAGCACCUGCAGCAGGAGGCGGAGAAGCUGGUGGCCUCGCUGCAGGACAGCUCUCUAGAGGAGGAGCAGUUCACGGCCGCCAUGCAGACCCAGGGCCUGCGCCACUGCACGGCCGCCCCUGCCCUGCCCCUCAGCCACGGCGCUGCCCGCAAGUGGUUCUACAAGGACCCCCAGGGGGAGAUCCAAGGCCCCUUCACAACCCAGGAGAUGGCAGAGUGGUUCCAGGCUGGCUACUUCUCCAUGUCCUUGCUAGUGAAGCGGGGCUGUGACGAGGGUUUUCAGCCUCUGGGAGAGGUGAUCAAGAUGUGGGGCCGUGUGCCCUUUGGCCCUGGCCCCUCGCCACCCCCACUGCUGGGGAGCAUGGACCAGGAACGGUUGAAGAAGCAGCAGGAGCUGGCUGCGGCCACCUUGUACCAGCAGCUGCAGCACCAGCACUUGCUUCAGCUUGUCGGCAGCCGCCAGCUCCCACAGUGUGCACCUCGAGAAAAGGCAGCUAUGGGAGACCUGACGCCGCCACAGCAGCAGCAGCUCACCGCCUUCCUGCAGCAGCUCCAGGCUCUCAAAUCCCCCAGAGGUGGAGACCAGAACCUACUCCCGACCAUGAGCCGCUCCUUGUCGGUGCCAGAUUCCGGCCCCCUCUGGGAUUUACAUACCUCAGUCUCAUCACCCUCGGGUGGUGAGACCAGUCUUUGGGACAUACCAAUUAACUCUUCGACUCAGGGUCCAAUUCUAGAACAACUCCAGCUGCAGCAUAAAUUCCAGGAACGCAGAGAAGCGGAGCUCAGGGCCAAGCGGGAGGAGGAGGAGCGCAAGCGGCGAGAGGAGAAGCGGCGCCAGCAGCAGCAGGAGGAGCAGAAGCGGAGGCAGGAGGAGGAAGAGCUCUUCCGGCGCAAGCAGGUGCGGCAGCAGGAGCUGCUGUUGAAGCUGUUGCAGCAGCAACAGGCGGCAACGGCCCCUGUGCCUGCAGCGCCCGGCUCCCCACCUCCGCCCUGGGCCAGCCUGUCCAAGCAGGGCCUGUCCAUGAAGACGCUGCUGGAGCUUCAGCUGGAGGGUGAGCGGCAGCUGCACAAACAGCCCAUGGCCCGUGAGUCACUGCGGGCCCAGGCCUCCAACCACCGAGUGCAACUUGGGGGCCUGGGUACAAACCCCCUGAACCAGUGGGUGUCUGAGUCCGGACCACUGUGGGGCGGGCCUGACAAGAGUGGGGGCAGCAGCGGUAGCGGGCUGGGGCUCUGGGAGGACACUCUGAAGAGCAGCGGGAACCUGGCCCGCAGCCUGGGCCUGAAGAACAGCCGGAGCAGCCCAUCUCUUGGUGACUCCUACAGCCACUUGUCGGGACGGCCUGUCCGCAAAAAGACAGAGGACGAGGAGAAGCUGCUGAAGCUGCUGCAGGGGAUCCCCAGGCCCCAGGACGGCUUCACCCAGUGGUGUGAGCAGAUGUUGCACACCCUGAGUGCUGCGGGCAGCCUGGACGUGCCCAUGGCCGUGGCCAUCCUCAAGGAAGUAGAAUCCCCCUAUGAUGUCCACGAUUAUAUCCGUUCCUGCCUGGGGGACACGCUGGAAGCCAAAGAAUUUGCCAAACAAUUCCUGGAGCGGAGAGCCAAGCAGAAAGCCAGCCAGCAGCGGCAGCAGCAACAGCAGCAGGAAGCAUGGCUGAGCAGCACCUCCCUGCAGACAGCCUUUCAGGCCAACCACAGCACCAAACUCGGCCCUGGGGAGGGCAGCAAGGCCAAGAGGCGGGCACUGAUGCUGCACUCGGACCCCAGCAUCUUGGGCUACGCCCUGCAUGGCCCUUCUGGUGAGAUCGAGAGCGUGGAUGACUACUGACCAGCCAGUCCCACCAGCCCCUGCCUGGGUGAAGGCCGAGGGUGGUAGCGGUGGUGGCGGCGGCAGCAGCAGCAACAGCAGCAGCAGCAGCAGCAGCGUGGAUCCUUGGGUCCCCAGCCUGCAGGCUCCCUAUUGGGAGCAGAGGAGGAAGCAGGGGCAGGGUCCCCAGCACUUGUUACAAACCACACGAUGCACCUUAACUCACCCACCACGAGGCACUUUACGGAUUGGGGGGAAGGAGAUUUCCUUUUCUUUUUUUUAAGUGACUGAAGAAAACAUUAGGAGAGACAAGUAUCCUUUAAGAACUAGACUCUAGCACCCUCCCCCUUGGGGACAGUGCUACACCGUGGAAGGCUCACAGCAGUCGUUUUGUUUUUGUUUUUGUUUUUUAAGAAAAGAUGAAAAAUAAUGAGAAAAAAAAGGCUGAAAGAGAAAACACACUGUUACUGGGGCUGUGGGGACACAGGCUCCCGGACCUGUCCUGCCCAGCCCCGAGGCUGCACUUACCCUCCUGCCCCUGAACGUGGGCCACUGGGGUAACUGGAAGCUGGGGCCAGCAGUUUGCACAGCACGGCCCCCUCGGAGCCCUGCCUGCCGACCCGCUGUGAACAGCCCCCCCUCCCGUUGCUGUGACUGUGCAGAGGUGUCCGGAACGGGGGCCAAAGUUGCCCCUUGGCGUCGCUGCUUUGGGGGAAAGUUGCACAAAUCGGACAAGCUGCUUCCAGCCCCCUGCCCCCAGCUGCCAUUCUGCACCCGCUGACGGGGAGACGAAAGGGCCUUUCGGUGCCAGCCUUCUGUCAGGCAGAAAGACUCAGGCCUGCUGAGGGACACCCCCCCCACAUACACACUGCUGCCAUUUCGGGGGACAGCCUGGGUGACACUGAGAGCCCCAGCUCCCUGCCUUGCCACAUGAAUGUAUCUUCUGGCCCUCAAGCCCUGCCCCAGCCCCUCUGAGGAGUGGGCUGUUCCUUCAGGAGCUAGGGGGCGCUGUGUCUCGCCAAGUCCUUGCUCCUGGGAGGUAGGAAGGUGUUGAAGGCCGGAAAUGGGUGGCUAGGGGCUGAGGACUGCAGUGCAGGGGGCUAUCCGAAGGGACCUCCCCCACAGUCUGCAGCCAGCCUGUAGGGUGUGGACCCUCUGGGCCCCCGUGUCUGACCCCUCUGCUGACCAAAUUGGGGAGGUGGCCCUCUCUCCCCUCGGUUUUUAGCAGGGAGGAAUGGAGAGAGGCGCCUUGUCUGCCCUGCCUCACGCUGUCCCCUGCCUGUGCUGGGCUCCAUCCAUUCUUGUUUUUUUUUUCUAAGUCCCCCCCCCCCCACCUUGGGUUUCUCAUUGAGCUUCUCCAUCGACCUCAUUGCUAGAGUGCAGUAUUAGCGCAAAGCCGCCACUGCCGCCUCCAUGAAUGUAUUUCCUCCUGCCCCGGGGAGGGGAGGGGAGGGGCCCUAGUUUCUUUCCCCAUUGUCCCUGGAGAGAUGGCUUUGAGUUUUGUUCAUUUUUUGAUUUGUUUUUGGCACCAAAGUGGCAACUGGGUCAGUGUUGGGGGUAAAGCUGGCUCCCAGGUGGAAGGCGUCCACCUGCUCCUCCUGUUUCGACAGUGUUAGCGACUGGGAAAAGACAAUGUUCUCUCUAAAGCAAUAAGGGGGUGAUGGGCCGGGGGAAAGGUCUUGCUGCUGCUGGCCCCCAGCUCUUCCUCCCCUCUUGCCAGUGUGGUGGCAUGAGCGGGGUGGGGGAGAUGCCUGUUGUGACUGAAUGUAACCACCCUGCCCCUGCCGCAGCCAAUGCAGGGGAGGGAGGAACUUCCUGUCUCUUCCUGGCCCUUUCCCCCAGCUAGAGAGACUUUGAACUUGGGGGGCCCAUGAGCCUGGAGAGGCCUUAACCCCCGUGAGGAAGUAUAGGGGGAGCCCUCUCCUACCCCAUCCCCUCUGAGAGUGGUCAAUGUUUACAAGCUCUGAGCCCCCAGCCCAGGGACUCAGACCCCCAUUCAAUCCUUUCCCCAGUCUUCCUGGGCCCUUGCUGCCCCCCUUCCUGGGGUUUGGGGUGGUACAGGGGUCCUUCUGUAUUCCUUUCUCAUUCUUGUAUUCUGUCUCCCUUGCCCCCUGCUACCCUGUGUGAUUUCCCCUCUACUUGCCCCUGUAAAUACUUGCCCCAAUAAAACUUGGUGUGUGUUCUUCA